UACUCUUUUGCGUUGCGCUUGGUUUUGCGGCUAAAAAACAAAGAGGACGAAAAACGUAAAAUUGUCUUAAUUUUUACUCAUUUUCGCCAUGGAUCUACAACUUGAUGCGCUGAACGAAGCCCUGAAAGCGGUCAAGACGCUCAGGUCGAGCGUGGGAAACUUUUUUGUGACCCUGAGCCAGGGCGUACGGUCAGACCAUGGAGAGGACAACAAGGAGACGAAAUUUAUUUUGGAGCUGCAGGACCUCAUCUCCGAAGUCAACUCGCACAUGAGGAGAGUGGAUCAAACAUGCUCGUGUUUGGCUCCGGCCCCUGAAGGACUGUACAAUUUGGGGAACACUGCCCUUUUGGCCCAGGAAACCACUCAAGAUCGCCAAGCCCUUUACAGUGAAUUGGUUGAAAGUUACAAAUGGACUGACAAACUGCACGACUGCUCCAACUUGACAGUGUCGUAUCUGCAGCAGAAUGUGAUGAAAAGAACUUACGUGAAUGCUGCAGGCAAUGCUAAACGAAGGAGAUACACCCCCAGUAGCCACAAUGUACCUCCUCAGACGGUGGAUAAUGUGAUUGCAUCGGUGGACAGACUCUUUUCGGACAUGACCCUGACUGUAACUAGGCCGUACGCCACAAAUGCAAUUCUUCAAAUCACCCUCGGAAGAAGUCUGAAGGCCGUGGUUGCUUUCAAAGGUCUGAUGAUUGAAUGGGUGCUUGUUAAGGGGUACAACGAGGAUUUUGUCAGUGAAAAUGGCCAUCUUGACCUUUGGACUGAAUCUCGAUAUCAAGUUUUCCGUAAAAUCACAGACAAUGCCAAUGCCGCGAUGCUGCAUUUUUACUCACCAAUCCAUCCAGAUUUGGCUGUUCGUUCUUUCAUGACUUGGUUCCACAGUCUUAUGACUCUCUUCACUGACAGCUGUCGUAGAUGUGGAAAUCACCUCUUACUUGGCAUGCCACCAACUUGGAGAGACUUCCGAACACUUGAAGCUUUUCACGAGGACUGCAAACCAUAGAUUUUCUCAAUCAUAAGCUUAUCGCACUGUCGCACUCCAGCUUAAUUUGAUUACUGUUUUGUAAAUAAAUGUUAAAUCUUACCUUACAAGCAAA